AUGGCAUCCAGUGCACGUCCAUUCGCUGGUCCGAUCAUUCUUUGCCUUUGGCUUCUAUUCGAUCGCAUCUGGUGCCAGGUUCCUGGCCUCGGGAUCCCUUUCCCAUCAAAGACUUCAAUUCAGCCCUACGAAUUACUCAAUAAGCCCAGUUCAAUCAGUAGCGCUACUCUGGAUACGAAAAUAUCUAAUGAUUCGUCGGAUUCGAAACAUACAUUUGAUCAGUUUAGCGACUCCGUGAAGAAGAAUGAGAGAAGUAUCCGAAGGACGAGCCCUGUCGAUGUGCUACACAGCCUGGACGGAAUUCAAGAUGCUAGUUAG